AUGCUUCUCCGGAAAUCGGUAUACAGAAGGUUGCUCCAAGCAAGGAACCCAGUCAUUGGCCGAGUGAUCCCGGGCCUGAUAUUAUCUUCGAGCCGAACACGGUUCGUUGGACCUCAAUUGCAACAGGUACCGCAAAGAAAAGCUCGCGGGUUCCACUCAACAGCUGCAAUGGCAAACAAUUCUGCGAUCAAGCAAGUUCUGACCCCGACUCUCAUCAAUGAUGUGCACAAGUUGUGGUUCAGCCAUCUGGGCGAUGAGAGCUCCCUGAUUAUGCCCGAAGGGAGCGAAAUGGGUAAAUGGUUCUCUAAGGAUGAAGAAUUCGACCAAGCCUGUGUAGCGCAAUUCCGCCCAGCCUUGGAAACCAUCAUUAGCUCCGAAGCUUCCGCAUCGGAUAUUCUCAAUGCCAUCACUCCAUCCUCACCAAUGGAUUGGCUAAAUAUCAUCCUGUUGCUUGAUCAGAUCCCUCGAAAUUGCUACAGAGGCGACGAGUCAAAGGUGGUAUUCGGGCGUUUUGACCCAUUGGCCGAAGCGAUUGCCCUUCAAGCGCUCGAGCAGGAUAUACCGACUCAGUCCCCUCACUUCAAGUAUCGAUUGGCUUAUCGCACUUGGUUCUACAUGCCUCUUAUGCACUCGGAAAGCUUGGCUGUGCAUGAGCAAGCGAUUAAAGUGCACGAGGCUAUAGCCAGGGAUAUGAACGAGCUGUUGGCUAGGGACCCGUCGACUCUAAUAGAGGAAGAAGCCAGGUGUCAUACUGUUCUGUCAAAUAAGUCGGAGGCUCUGCAAAACUUUUUGACUCAGACGUCUGAUUUCGAGAAGCGACACAAAGUCAUCAUUGAACAAUUUGGGCGUUACCCCCACCGGAACCAGGCGCUGGGGAGAAAGUCAACCCCUGAGGAAAUUGAGUAUUUGGAGAAUGGUGGUGAUACAUUCGGCUAG